CAACAAGUCGCCGAGUCAGUUCGAAUUAGCCCUGCAUUUCUUGCGCUCACGCGCGCUCCUUUUUCCAUACGAGCCAUGGAUAAUAAACGCGACUUGCCAGGAUUCGCCGAGGAAAUCAAAGACCUGGAAUUUAAUGGAUUUCUCGACUGGUUUGUGGCUUUCAACGAUGUUACCAUGAUGUGGAAGGCUCAACCAACUUACAUCAUGGUGCAGGUGUUGUGCCUAGUCGGUGGCUUUAUCACCCUUCUCCAUGCGUUGAAAAGCGGACGUCGCUACGUGCAUUUAUGGGUGGGUAUUAUACUCCAUGGAAUAGUUGUAGAGGCGAUUAGCUACAACCUUCCAGACAUCGACAACUUUUGGCAUUCCCAGACACCGAUAAUUCUGAUUGGACGGCGUUUGCCGCUCCAUAUAAUCUUGGUGUAUGUUGUAUUCAUAUACAACGCAUCCAUCGCUGUGAAGCAACUGCGACUGCCUGCUUGGAGCGAACCAUUCGCCGUAGGCCUGAUAACAGUCCUCAUUGACAUUCCUUACGACAUAGUCUCUGUGAGAUUCCUUCACUGGUCCUGGCACGCCACUGAUCCCAACAUAUACGAUCGGCACUACUUCGUUCCUUGGAACUCGUAUUACUUUCACGCAGCGUUUGCCGCAAGCUUCACCUUCUUCUUUCACGGAACGAGACGUCUCUUUACAGAAAGCAAGGAACAAUGGACGGCGAGCAAAUCGUGCUUCAAGGAAACUGUGUGCACUGUGCUACCAGCUUUACUUGGUAUGCCUGGCGGAGUCCUGCUGUUCUUGCCUCUUUACCAUCCUCUCCACGACCACUACGGCAUUCAUUCGGAAGUGACUUUCUUCUUUUUAUUUACUGUAUUCCUGGUUCUCGCAUGGAGCGGCGACCGGUGUAGCUUGAAGAAAAAUUCCAUUGUCAGUAAGAGAACAAUCGACUAUAUAAUCCCAGUAUAUUUGCUGGUGUAUUACUCGUUAUUCCUCGGUUUAACAAUUAUUGGCGAUCCCUCCAAAGAAGUAUCUAUUGGUUUCCAUGAGCGUAUAGGUCCGUGUGAUGAAAUAGUAGGAAUCACUUCUGCUCUCGGCCAAACCCUCUACAAGAAUAAAUAUCUGUGUACAGAGAAUAAUCGAGAAGAUUACAUCGGCUGGGAUUGUUUACCAGGAGGAAAGCCGCCGCGUCACGGUUCACAUUGGUACACGGCAUGUGGAACUCCCUUGAAAAAUCGAACUGAAUACAUCACUGUUCUUGCGACAAUUUUUAUAGCUGCAUUCGCUGUUUUUACUAACUGUUUUCUCUGUGGUAACAACAACGGCAAAGCAGUUGAUGCUAAGAAAACAGGUCAGGUGAUAAGUUCGAAAAAAGUUAAGAAAAACUAAAACCACUACACGUGUUCAACGUAUUCGCAUUAAUCUCUUUAGAGCUGUCGAGAUAAGUGAUAAAAAAUCGUGUAAUAAUGAUGAGCCAUUGAUUAUUAUGCAACGAUCAUCAAUGCUUAGAAUUAUUACAAAAUUACUAAAAUUAGGUGGAAUAAGUUUCACCCACUUUUCACAUUCUGCUACACCCUAUCUAGUCGCCAAAUAUUUUGUACUUUUCAGAUUUUCGCUGAUAAGAUUAAUCAAUAAAGUAUGUUCUUCAAA